AUUCUUUUCUCAGGUACCAUUACCAACCCUCCAUGACCCAUACGACACGAGCUUCAUUUAUUUAUUUAUUUAUUUUUUCAGUUGUAGACUUGUAGUACAGUAAGGGCAGGAACGACGUCGUUUUGAGGAGGAGGAGGUUUCCAUUUUGAAUAUCCAGCGAGGUUUGAAGGUGACAUCACUAAUCAUUCCAAUGUAUAAAUUUACCCAAAACAAAUCCAACACAAAGCCUCUGAAACUCUGAACUCUCUCUCAUUCUCAUCCUCUGAAAUCUUUCCAAUUCUCCUUUAUUUUUCAAACAAAGCAGUACACAAUCCAAUUCAAUCCAAUCCAAGCUACAUUGUAAUUCUUAGUUACGGCAAACUUUCAGAUUCCUCAAUUCACUUUUUCUUCUUUCUAUUUUUUGUUUCCUUUUUGUCAUCGAAAUUCUUGAAUGGGGAAAGGAGGAGGUUGCGUUCCCAGUAAGAAGAAGGUGCCGCAUGUCGCCGGUGACUCUCCCUCCUCCGCCACUGCCGGAACAUCCCGGACCGCGCCGAUCCAACGUGACGACACCUCCGCCGACGACACUACCGAAAUCGCCCAAGCGUCGUCGUCUGAGGUGGCCGCCGCCGCUACCGGCACGGCGAGGCUGAGGAUCUUCAUCGUGUUUUAUUCAAUGUACGGACACGUGGAAGGCCUAGCGAGGAGGCUGAAGAAGGGCGUGGACGGCGUUGAGGGCGUGGAAGGGGUUCUUUACAGGGUGCCGGAGACGCUCUCGACGGAGAUUCUGCAGCAGAUGAGGGCGCCGCCCAAAGACGAUGGCAUACCUGUGAUAACGGCAGAGGAGCUGGCGGCGGCGGACGGGGUGCUGUUCGGGUUUCCGACGAGGUACGGGAGCAUGGCGGCGCAGAUGAAGGCUUUCUUUGACUCCACUGGUCAGCUGUGGAAGGAGCAGAAGCUCGCCGGAAAACCCGCAGGGUUCUUCGUCAGCACUGGCACUCAAGGAGGAGGUCAAGAAACCACUGCAUGGACGGCAAUCACACAGCUGGCACACCAUGGAAUGCUGUUUGUUCCUAUUGGAUAUACAUUUGGACCUGGAAUGUUCAAGAUGGAAUCCAUUAGAGGGGGUUCGCCUUAUGGUGCCGGAGUGUAUGCCGGUGAUGGCACAAGGGAGCCAAGUGAAACAGAGCUCGCACUUGCAGAGCAUCAGGGCAAGUAUAUGGCUCUUGUGGUCAAGCGGCUCAACAGAUGAUGGUGGUGUUUUGAGUUUUGACUGUUUGCCCCCACCAUUUUAUUCUAUUCUUGUUGGUCAUGAGUAUUAUUUUUAAUUUUUCACUUUUUACUUUUUGGCCUUUGAUUUUGCUGUCAAAUUGGUUCUGGCAUUCUUACCAUUGCAUUGUUUGUGAGGCGGAAUUGUAGCUUUCUUCCACUAACAAUUCCCAUGUUGUUCUCUAUCUGCACUGUUUUGGAAGCUGUUGAUGUUCAUAAGUUUACACCAAAUAAAAAUGUGAAUUUGUGUAA